CGACCGGACGGGCGAACGUGGGGCUUGGCCGGCCGGGCCCGAGGUGCUGGGGGUGUGGGGACAAUGGGCCAGUUCCUGGUGCGUCACGAGGGAGUUCCUUAAAGGGGAAGUGAGCGGAGCUACUGGGCAGACGUGGGGUGCGGUGGUCGGCGGGGAAGGCCCCCCGCGUUUGUAAAUAAUGCCCGCGGCGCCCGCGCGACCAUGCAAUGGCGAGCGCUCGUCCUGGGGCUGGUGCUCCUCCGGCUUGGCCUCCACGGAGUGCUGUGGCUCGUCUUCGGGCUGGGGCCCAGCAUGGGCUUCUACCAGCGCUUCCCGCUCAGCUUCGGCUUCCAGCGCCUGAGGGGCCCCGACGGCUCCGCGUCUCCCGCCUCGGGGCCCGCGGGCCGGCCCGGGACGCCCGGGGGGCCGUCGGGGCCAUCGUGGCUGCAGCCGCAGGUCCCUGGGCCGGCGGCGGGGCGGCGGCGGGCUCCGCGGCGGCCCGAGCCGGACGUCUGUGGCCCGGGCCACUGGGGCUACGUGCUGGGCGGCCGGGGCCGCGGCCGGGACGAGUAUGAGAAGCGCUAUAGCGGCGCCUUCCCGCCGCAGCUGCGCGCCCAGAUGCGCGACCUGGCGCGGGGCAUGUUCGUGUUCGGCUACGACAACUACAUGGCGCACGCCUUCCCCGAGGACGAGCUCAACCCCAUCCACUGCCGCGGCCGAGGACCCGACCGCGGGGACCCAUUGUCAAUCCCUGGAACACAGGGACUGUUUCUUAUAUUACCUCUGUGCCUACACAGCACCAGUUCAAAUCUGAACAUCAAUGAUGUCCUAGGGAAUUAUUCACUGACUCUUGUUGAUGCGUUGGAUACACUUGCAAUAAUGGGAAAUUCAUCCGAGUUCCAGAAAGCAGUCAAGUUAGUGAUCAACACAGUGUCAUUUGACAAAGAUUCCACCGUCCAAGUCUUUGAGGCCACGAUAAGGGUCCUGGGAAGCCUUCUUUCUGCCCACAGAAUAAUAACUGACUCCAAGCAGCCCUUUGGUGACAUGACGAUUAAGGAUUAUGAUAAUGAGUUGUUGCAUAUGGCUCACGACCUGGCCGUGCGGCUCCUCCCUGCCUUUGAAAACACCAAGACAGGGAUCCCCUACCCUCGGGUGAACCUAAAGACAGGCGUUCCUCCUGACAGCAAUAAUGAGACGUGCACGGCCGGCGCUGGUUCCCUGCUGGUGGAAUUUGGGAUUCUGAGUCGACUGCUGGGGGAUUCCACGUUUGAGUGGGUGGCCAGGCGAGCUGUGAAAGCCCUUUGGAACCUGCGGAGCAACGAUACGGGGUUGUUAGGCAAUGUUGUGAACAUUCAGACGGGCCAUUGGGUCGGAAAGCAGAGUGGCUUGGGUGCCGGACUGGACUCCUUCUAUGAAUACCUCUUGAAAUCUUACAUUCUCUUUGGAGAAAAAGAAGACCUAGAAAUGUUUAAUGCUGCAUAUAAGAGUAUUCAGAACUACUUAAGAAGAGGUCGGGAAGCCUGUAACGAGGGAGAAGGGGACCCGCCCCUCUACGUCAACGUGAACAUGUUCAGCGGGCAGCUGAUGAACACGUGGAUUGACUCUCUGCAGGCGUUCUUCCCAGGACUGCAGGUUCUGAUAGGAGAUGUGGAAGACGCCAUCUGCCUGCACGCCUUCUACUACGCCAUAUGGAAGCGCUACGGGGCCCUCCCCGAGAGGUACAACUGGCAGCUGCAGGCCCCCGACGUGUUCUUCUACCCGCUGAGACCCGAGCUGGUGGAGUCCACGUAUCUCCUCUACCAGGCAACCAGGAAUCCCUUCUACCUCCAUGUAGGAAUGGACAUUCUGCAGAGUCUGGAAAAGCACACAAAAGUCAAGUGUGGCUACGCUACGCUGCAUCACGUCAUCGACAAGUCCACAGAGGACCGGAUGGAGAGCUUCUUCCUCAGCGAGACCUGCAAAUACUUGUAUCUGCUCUUUGAUGAGGAGAAUCCAGUACACAAAUCUGGAACCAGAUACAUGUUUACAACUGAGGGACACAUUAUAUCUGUGGAUGAACAUCUUCGGGAGUCACCCUGGAAGGAGUUCUUUUCUGAAGAGGGAGGGCAGGACCCAGUGGGAAAGUCCGGGCACAGGCCUAGACCUCAUGAGCUAAAAGUCAUCAACUCCAGCUCCAAUUGCAAUCGUGUUCCUGACGAGAGGCGAUAUUCCCUGCCCUUAAAGAGCGUCUACAUGCGACAGAUUGACCAGAUGGUUGGCUUGAUUUGAUCUGCUCUCCCCUGUGUGGCCUCAUCUGAAACUGGACCUCAAACAGCUGAACCCAGGCUAGGCCGAGACCCAGUCCGAAGUGGAGGAGGAUAGGAGUCUGGCCGUCCACGAUGGUGUCGGAAUCUCUGUGCAUCUCCCCAGCCACAUCUGGUAGAUUCUUGGAUACUUUAGCGUUUCUCUUCUGUUCAAUAAAAUGCCCUGUUUGUCUUAAGGAUAUACUUUGAAGUGAGAAGGUACUUAGAAGUUGGCUUCUUACGACGUGCUGAUGUUACUGUGCACCGUGGAUGGGCCUCUUUGGCUGGAUCUUCAGACCUUCCUACUUCGGAAUCCAUCGAGUCUUCUCUGCCGGCGCUUGCGUGACUGCAGCCUGGCGACCUCUCUGCCAGAGGAUUGUGAAUGAAUUUCUGUGCAACAGGGCCUGCGGUUCCCCUGACAUCCCUAUGUACUGCAUUUUGUCAUCCUCUCUCUCUUAUUGGAUAAUUGGGCUGUCUCCCAGGUCUCCACCCACGAUUGUCGGUCACAUGGGGAAAAAUCAUCCAGUUAUGCAUUUGCGCCCCAUGCAAUCGUCCCGGUGUUACAGAUUAUUUGCUCACGAAUUUAUCUGAAUUCUAACAGGCAGUCUCUUAAGUUGUCGCCUCACCGUUUAAGAGCUUAACAGGUAGAUCUUUUGGAUGGUGUUCUACAUUUAUUGUGAACUCACCUGAGGAUCUCCCAUAGUUUCAGAACCAGGUGCCUUUUAAGGGAGAGAAAAAUACCUAUGAUCAUCUGAGCUUUCAUCUGUCUUACAUUUACUAACCAAGGAUUAUCAGUUCCGACCAUGUUUGGGUUGGAAUUGUUUCGUUUUUGUUUCCUGUGUCUAGUGCCAAUCAACUAAGUCAGGGAGAAAGACAUGAUCAGAUGACUUUCUGGCAUCCUUGAGCCGUUUCUCUGUGUAAUGCAGGCUUUUGAUGAGUGCCUUAUACUCUUUAGGUUUGGGCCACUGGAUGUCACAGCUGCUGCUAUGAUUUUAACAGCCUUGUUUUGUAUUGCUGCAUGGUGUGACCACAGCGAAAGGGGCAUGGGAUGGAUAUCAGGUAGGUUCUGGAAACUUCUUGGCCAGUCCUUGCCUUUCAACCUGAUAUUUUAAGCAAGCAUGUAUAAAGAGGAAGUUGUGCUAAAA